GUACGGUGGCCGGCGGGGCAGGGCCAGGUGUUGUCGUUUCGCGGUAGCCGGAGCCGGCCCGGCGGGACCAUGUCGCUGCUGCAGUCGGCCUGGGACUUCCUGGCGGGGCCCGGCUCCCUGGGAGCCGCCAGCCGCGACCACAACGACUUCGUGGGGCAGACGGUGGAGCUGGGGGACAUGAAGCUGCGGAUCAAGCGGGUCAUCGCCGAAGGUGGGUUUGCUUUUGUAUAUGAAGCUCAAGAUCUUGGAAGUGGCAAAGAUUACGCUUUAAAGAGGUUAUUGUCUAAUGAAGAGGAGAAGAACAGAGCUAUCAUUCAAGAAGUUUGUUUUAUGAAAAAGCUUUCAGGUCAUCCUAAUAUUGUCCAGUUCUGCUCUGCUGCAUCAAUAGGAAAAGAAGAAUCGGAUACUGGGCAGGGCGAGUUUCUUCUGCUCACUGAGCUUUGUAAAGGGCAACUGGUGGAAUUCUUAAAGAAAGUUGAAUCCAAAGGGCCCCUCUCGUGUGAUACAGUUUUGAAGAUAUUUUAUCAGACCUGCAGAGCAGUGCAACAUAUGCAUAAACAGAAACCACCUAUUAUUCAUAGAGAUUUAAAGGUGGAGAACAUGCUGAUUAGUAACCAAGGGACAAUUAAGCUGUGUGACUUUGGCAGUGCUACAACUAUUGCACAUUAUCCUGAUUACAGCUGGUCUGCGCAAAAGAGAGCAAUAGUUGAAGAGGAGAUUACAAGAAACACAACACCAAUGUAUAGGACUCCAGAAAUGAUAGACUUGUAUUCAAACUUUCCAAUCGGUGAAAAACAGGAUAUAUGGGCCUUGGGCUGUAUCCUAUAUUUAUUGUGCUUUAGGCAACAUCCAUUUGAAGAUGGGGCUAAGCUUCGCAUAGUCAAUGGGAAAUACUCUAUUCCUCAGAAUGACACUCGAUAUACUGUAUUCCAUGAUCUCAUUCGUUCCACUUUGAAGGUGAACCCAGAGGAGAGGUUGUCAAUCACUGAACUGGUGAAUCAGCUGCAGGAGAUUGCGGCUGCCAGGAACGUGAAUCCUAAAUCUCCUAUCACAGAGCUCCUGGAACAAAAUGGAGGCUAUGGAAACAAUGCUGUGCCUAGAAUGUCUACAAGUUUGCUGCCACAGGGCUCCAAGCCUGCAGGACAGCUCAACAAUAUGUACAAUGCAGGCCUGACAGUUGCAGAACUUGACCAGUCUUACGGAGGGUUCUUUGAUAUUCUCAAAGGUGGAACAGAACGAUUUUUCACAAACAUCAAGGAUACUUCUUCUAAAGUUAUCCAGUCUGUGGCCAAUUAUGCAAAGGGAGAUUUGGAUAUAUCGUAUAUCACUUCCAGAAUUGCUGUGAUGUCCUUUCCAGCAGAAGGUGUAGAAUCUGCCAUCAAAAAUAACAUAGAAGAUGUGCGGCUAUUUUUAGACUCUAAACACCCUGGAGACUAUGCUGUUUACAAUCUAUCUCCAAGAACAUACAGGUCUUCAAGAUUUCAUAAUAGGGUUUCUGAAUGUGGUUGGCCAGCAAGACGUGCACCAAAUCUUCAAAACCUUUACAGCAUUUGCAAGAACAUGCAUUUAUGGCUAAAGCAAGAUCACAAAAAAGUUUGCAUUGUACACUGCCUUGAUGGAAGAGCAGCAUCUGCUGUUGUAGUUUGCUCUUUUUUAUGUUUUUGCCGUCUCUUCACUACUGCGGAGGCUGCGGUUUAUAUGUUCAGUAUGAAACGCUGUCCGCCUGGCAUUUGGCCUUCUCAUAAAAGGUAUAUAGAGUACAUGUGUGACAUGAUGGCAGAAGAACCCAUUAUUCCUCACAGCAAGCCAAUCCUUAUCAAAUCAAUUAUCAUGACACCAGUUCCUCUGUUCAGCAAGCUGCGAAAUGGCUGUAGGCCUUUUUGUGAAGUUUAUGUUGGGGAUGAAAGAGUGACCACUACCUCACAGGAAUAUGACAAAAUGAAGGACUUCAAAACUGAGGAUGGCAAAGCCGUAAUCCCAUUGGGUAUAACAGUCCAAGGGGAUGUUCUCAUUGUGAUCUAUCAUGCCAGGUCGACAUUAGGAGGCAGACUCCAAGCCAAGAUGGCUUCAAUGAAGAUGUUCCAGAUUCAGUUCCACACAGGUUUUGUGCCCCGGAAUGCCACCACAGUGAAAUUUGCUAAGUAUGAUCUGGAUGCUUGUGACAUUCAAGAGAAAUAUCCUGACUUAUUUCAAGUGAAUCUGGAAGUGGAGGUGGAGCCCAGAGACAGACCCUGUAGUGAACGAGCGCCAUGGGAUAACUUGAACAUAAAGGGACUGAAUCCCAAGAUCCUUUUCUCCAGUCGGGAGGAACAACAAGAGAUUUUAUCGAAAUUUGGUAAACCUGAGCUGCCUAGACAGCCAGGUUCAACAGCACAGUAUGAAGCAGAAGAGUCCAAAUCUGAACAGUCUCCCGAAAGCGCAGCUACAGAGCCGGACUCUCCACAGAGCAACAGCACUGAUGCAAAUAACUUCUUCCAUACUCUGGAUUGGGAAGAAGGGAAAGAUCCAGAGACUGGAGCAGAGGACCGCUUGUCCAAAGAUAAUCAUCCUGGACUGAUUGAUGACAGGGAUGAAAGUGACCCAUCAGAUGAAGAAUUUGCUGCAUUUCCUAGUGAAGGAAGAACAGAAAUAGUUGAAGAAAAAGAAAAACCCAGUCCUCCAGAAGAAGAUGCAGAUAUAUUUUUUGAAGCUAAUUUUGAAACUCCAUCUGCCCAACCACAAGAACCUCAAUUGGAAGACCACGUAGAUUUAUUGGGACUAGACUCCGAUGUUCCAUCAGAGCAGACUCAAACUGCCUCAGAGAUGAAGAGCUCAUCUAGUAACGCAGACUUACUGAACAAUUUGUUUGUGGGUAGCACGUCGCAGGUUUCAGAAGAGUCUACUGGGGACCUUCUAGGAGAAGGGGCAGACUUCUUUUUCAGCAGUCAACCUCAGCCUUCAGCUAGUAACCAGAGUACAUCUCCACCCACAACAUUGUCUUCUGCUGCUGAUCCGUUUGACCCAUUCACAAUGUCAUCAGGAUCCGAGAAGCCGACUCUGUCUGGUCCUGAUCUCUUUGGAGACUUUCUUAAUCCAAAUGCAACAUCUACAUCUAGUAUAUUUCCUUCCGCACACAGCGCACCACCUCCUUCUUCCAGCUCAGACUUCUUACAUUUAGGAAAUUUGGCGCCAGACCUUCCUAAAAUGACUUCCUCCGCAAGCCACCCAGAUCUUUUAAGCGGAUGGGAUUCUUGGGCAGAUUCCCCAGCUACAACCAAACUAGCAUCACAACAGCCGAAGAAGCCUGCACUUGAAGGCCAAGCCCUUACUACAGGAAGCCAGACAAGUGUGCCUUCAGGUUUGUCUUUCAGCCAAGCAAAAUCUCAGAACUUCGACCCCUUUGCUGACCUUGCUAACCUUAAAUCUGGUCUUCCAGGUCCUUCUGGUGGUGGAUUCCCAGCUGGUGGGUUUGGUCAGAAGUCAGCUACAUCCCAGAAAGGAGGGAAUCAGUGGCAGACAAAGAAACCACAAAAUACAGGUACUUCGUGGCAGUCCCACACUCAACCACAGCAAGCUAAAUCCAGCACACAGAGUAAACCCAACUAUACCGUGAACUUCAGUGUUAUUGGAGGCCGAGAAGAGAGAGGUAUCCGAGCUCCAGGCUUUGGACAAAAGCCAAAAGUUUCAGAAAAUGAUUUUGAGGAUCUAUUAUCUAAUCAAGGAUUUUCAGCUAAAUCUGACAAAAAAGGAACCAAGACAAUUGCCGAGAUGAGAAAGCAAGAAAUGUCUAAAGACAUGGACCCCUUAAAAUUAAAGAUUCUAGAUUGGAUUGAAGGAAAAGAGAGAAAUAUAAGAGCAUUAAUAUCCACUCUUCACACUGUGCUCUGGGAAGGGGAGAACAAGUGGAAGCCAGUUGGCAUGGCCGACCUCGUUACCCCUGAACAAGUGAAGAAGUACUAUAGGAAGGCAGUACUUGUGGUUCAUCCAGAUAAGGCCACAGGACAGCCUUAUGAACAGUAUGCCAAAAUGAUCUUCAUGGAGUUGAGUGAUGCAUGGUCAGAGUUUGAAAACCAAGGAUCAAAAUCCCUUUUCUAAAACUUCAUCUGUACGGGAUUUUCAAAAUGUAUGUGCAGCAAAAUGGAGUGGAGUAUUGUUAGUCUGAAUUUCUUAUCUCUAGGAUUUAGGAAAGAUUUUUGCAUGAUUUCAGCAGUUUGAAAUCAUACACUCAGAAGUGGGUGAUACAUUUUGUGAGAUGCAGAAUCCAGAACAUACACAGAUGCACUCAGAAAACAACUGCUCAAUGCUUCAGAAUCUUAGCCUGAGAACAGAUCUUUCCAUUCAGGUUAAAUAUGGUGAAAUAUAAAUAACUUUAAUGAUGUCCGCUGAUUUCUGGCAUAAUGGUAUCAAAAGCGUAAGCCAUUCCGAAUCCACUGAUUUUUGGUUUUUCUUUAAAAGAAACACACAACCUCAAUUUGUACUCUAUAUUUUCAGUAGUUAUUUGAUUUGAUUCUGAGGUUUGGUGCCGUCGCCUUAUUCUAAGUGCUUUAGUUAUAUUAUCAGCAUAUCUUUUUGUUGAAUCUAUAAGAGGUGUACAUUUUCAUCUGUAUCUUGUGUAAUCAUUCUGAUGAUCAUUCUGUAAAUAAUUAAAAUAUUU